GCGUGAGUCGUCUUCCUCGCAGAGUCGCAGCCAAUUUGCAGACUCGCAAAAUUUCUUCCUGUUCAGAAGUGUCUAGAUCUGGCUCGCCUGGCCACGCCUUGCAACGCUCCUUACGCCUUCCCCACGCUAAACGUGCAACUCGCGAAACAGCUGACCGCCUCGGGCGAUUUCCUGCUGCCUCGCUCCGACACGCGCGAAGGCAUGCCUUUAAAAACACUGAUUGGAACUUCCCAACUUUCAUGGUGGUUAAAAUUUCAGGAAAGUAGGAAUUUAGAGCCAAGCAAGAAGCAAGAUAAAACAAGUGGGAUAGGGAAAACCAGGUCUGCCUCAAAGGAUCAGAUUGUCAUUUCUAACGUUCGGAUAUCUCAGCAGGAGAGCUCCCCUCCACUUGUUACUGCAUUGAAGGCUUCAGCUGAACAAAAUGCUGCUACCUUUCACUUCCCUGGGCACAACAGAGGUCGAGCUGCACCAUCUUCUUUGACUCAGCUUAUUGGUUUAAAACCAUUUCUUCAUGAUUUACCUGAGCUUCCGGAGCUUGACAACCUCUUUUCUCCAAGAGGGCCCAUUUUAGAUGCUCAACAACAGGCAGCUAGUCUCUUUGGGUCAUUGGAGACGUGGUUUCUUGUAGGUGGUACCACAUGUGGAAUACAGGCAGCGAUUAUGGCUACAUGUUCCCCUGGAGAAAUUUUAAUUCUCCCUCGCAAUUCACAUAUAUCAGCCAUAUCUGCUAUGGUAUUGUCCGGUGCAGUACCCAAGUACAUCAUCCCUGAUUAUAAUUUUGACUGGGACAUUGCUGGUGGCGUCACUCCAUCACAGGUAGAGACAGCAAUCAAGGAAGUGGAGAAAGAAGGGCAGAAGCCAGCUGCAGUUUUGGUCACUUCCCCCACUUAUCAUGGUAUAUGCUGCGACUUGAGCGAGAUAACCCAAUUGUGCCAUUCUCGUGGAAUCCCUGUGAUUGUUGAUGAGGCUCAUGGGGCACAUCUAGGAUUUCAUCCCCAGAUGCCAAAUUCAGCAAUGCAUCAAGGUGCUGAUUUAGCUGUACAAUCCACUCAUAAGGUUCUUUGCUCUCUCACACAAUCAUCAAUGUUGCACAUGUCAGGGAGUCUUGUAGAUAGAGAGAAAAUUUCAAGAUGUCUUCAAACACUUCAAAGUACUAGUCCUAGUUAUCUGCUUUUGGCAUCAUUAGAUGCUGCUAGAGCUCAAAUUAGUGAAAACCCAGAAACUAUUUUUGGAAAGGCAUUGCAAUUGGCCAUUGAAACUAAGAGUAUGAUAAGAAAGAUUUCAGGUAUUUCAGUGCUUGACGCUCAAGGCUUCCCUAAUUUCCCUGUGAUGGAUCCCCUGCGGCUUACCAUAGGAUUUCAACAGCUUGGCUUAUCUGGUUAUGAAGCUGAUGAAAUCUUAUAUGAGGAUCAUGAAAUCAUUUGUGAACUUGUUGAAACCCAGUCCAUUACAUUUGCAAUGAACCUUGGAACAUGCAGAGAGCAUGUCCAGAGGUUAGUGUUGGGAAUAAAGCAUCUAGCGGCCACUUGUGCAUCCACUCCGGCUGCUAAAAGGAAGGUUGAAGGUGGUAAUUCAGCCCUCUUUGCAGAUAUAGAAACAAGCUUGAUUCCUAGAGAUGCUUUUUUUAGUGGUAAAAGGAGAGUGAGUAUUGAAAACAGCCUCGGGGAAGUUUGUGGGGAGCUUAUAUGUCCAUACCCGCCUGGGAUUCCGGUAAUGGUCCCCGGCGAGACUAUCACAAAAAAAGCUUUGGAUUAUCUGCUAGAUGUUAGAAGCAAGGGUGCUGUCAUCAGUGGAGCUUCUGAUCCCCAACUCUCUUCCAUAGUUGUCUGCAAUAUGUAGUGCUUGCUUGGCAUGGAGAAGGUACAGCUAAUUCUUUUUAAGAUUUUGUUCUGCUUCAAAAAGAGCAGCAGUCACACAUGAAAUGGAAUGUUGAUGUACAAGUUUAUUUAAUAGAUAUUUAUAAAAAUACCCAAUCCUAGACAUGUAUUUAUAAAAAUACCCAAGCACUAUU